AACGACAACACCGCGUCGCUCUUGAGACCCGCAGCAUUUCACUGAUUAACCAAGGACGUCGUACAGAACUGUGAGGGGGAUUUAACAAUUUAAAAAUAAAUCCUCCGAGUGGCGGCGCUUCAAUGUCAACGCGGGUGCCGCCGUGUGUACAGUGCGUGCGGCGCAUGAGGCGAUUUAUAUUUAAACGUUUUAUUUUUAAAAUACAUUCGGCUUUAGAUGUGGAUUUGUUUUUUUGUGCGACGCGUUAGCGAAUGUUGAAGGCGGCUUUUGUUGGGGGGUGAUAUUUUUUUCGUUUAUUACAAAAAAAAGCGACGUUUUGUGCCCGCAUGCCUUAACGGAUGUGUGGGGUGGUUGAGCCCAUGCGCGCGCACUGUACACGUUUAAUUCGCAACAAAACGGCGACUCAACGACGCAAUGACCCCCCUCGCAACACCACACACCGGCAACAAACGGCGUCCCUGUGCGCGUCCUGUCGCAGUAAAACAAAAGUAAACACUCGACAGGGUGCUGUGAAAAAUUAGGGAUACUGACCCUGGCUACGACCUCUGCAAGUUUUGCAUCCCCACUCACUACAUGGAUGACCUGGACCGGGUGUUCAUCCCACACGGACUCAUCAUGGACAGGACGGAGCGGUUGGCGCGGGACAUCCUCAAGGACAUGGGCGGGCACCACAUCGUGGCGCUGUGCGUCCUCAAGGGCGGCUACAAGUUCUUUGCCGAUCUCCUCGACUUCAUCAAGGCGCUCAACCGCAACACGGAGCAGUCCAUCCCGCUCACCGUCGACUUCAUCCGACUCAAGAGCUACUGCAACGAUCAGUCGACGGGACAGAUCCGGGUGAUUGGCGGCGAUGACUUCGGAACAUUAACUGGAAAGAAUGUGCUCAUCGUUGAGGACAUCAUUGACACAGGCAGGACCAUGCAGACACUGUUGAGCAUGCUGAAGGACUACAAGCCCAACAUGGUGAAGGUGGCCAGUUUGCUGGUAAAGCGGACGCCGCGCAGCGUGGGAUACCGCCCGGAUUAUAUCGGGUUCGAAAUCCCGGACGAGUUUGUUGUGGGAUACGCGCUGGACUACAACGAGUACUUUCGGGACCUCAAUCACAUCUGCGUGAUCAACAACCACGGCAAGGAGAAGUACAAGAACAACUGUGCCUGAGCACCAUGUGCCAGCCGCCACAGCAGCAGCAGCAGCACCCCGGUCGCCCGCUCGCCCGCACGCACGCCCGCACGCACGCACGCCCACUCACCCCUGCAUUGCCGCGACCCGCGUUGGUUUUCAGAGUUGACUCCGCUUAAGGGCGCGACUCUCCCGUCGCGUGUCCCGGGUUGCGCGCCGCUCCGCGUUCGGUUCCCGAUAAUUGGCUGCCGAGCGACCGCACGCGUGGCUGAAACCGAGUUCGUUUUUUUUUUCUUCUUUUCCUGGAGAAGCAGCCAGAGGGCGAGACGUCGGACCUCGUGCCGAAAACGGAAUCGGGCAUGACCCGAGGACACGGCGGUGGCGGAGAGCUGUGCCCGCCGCCCGCCCCCCCCACCCUCCCCCCAACCUCGUUUAGAUGGCAAGCGGAGACGCUGGAUUUGGACGUUGGAGGGAGUUGUAUCACGCGGGCAGCUGGGUGGCUUUUACAGAGGCGCUGCUGCCCUUCACAUAAACCUCAUGGAUAUUAUUAUUAAGUUAUAAUUUGUCAUUAUAAAGUAAUUAAAAUGUACGUGUACCCCUCAUUGUCAAACUACUACUGAUGAAGGCGUUCCCCACCCCGCUCCCCCCACCACCACCGUAGUGUCACUGGUGGUGGGGAGAGAGGGAAGUAUGUUUGACCAUACUUCACCAAGCUGGUCACCUGGUUUCUUAAGUUUGUGUUGAUUAUUGUAAUAUCGUUAUUUGAAUUCCGGUUGAAUGGUUGGCGUGAAGCUCUCUCGCUAGGCACCUUCAUGAUUCCCCGAUUCAGGUCGACUCUCAGGUUCUCGCGAUCCACGCGUUGAAUCGCUUGUGGGGGGUGCGGGUAAAAACAAAAAAACCCACAGAUAAUUAGCGGCGUUUCUUUGAGCAAAUUCAUCCGUCGGCUAAUUUUGACCGUCACGACGUUGCGCUUAAUUAUCGCUUUGUCCGCUCGUGUAAUGCGUUGAAGUCUGUGUGUGUGUGUGCUCGAGCCAGUGCUCCUCAACGAACUCGUUGUAGGUAAUCGCGGUUUCUCGUCACCCCCUGUAACCACUAGAGGGCAAUGGCAUUCGCCAGCAAGCUUUUUUUUCUAUCCUAAUGGAAUUUUUUUUCGAUUUUAGAACCAAAACGCGGCGCGCUGGCAUUCAUCGAAAUCUUCCCGAAGGGGGGAGGGGAGGCUGAAUGUAUACAGAGCCCACCACGGAGCUAAAUGAAUAAAACGAUGGCAGUGUGAUGGUAAAACUUAAAAAAAGAACCAAUCAUUUUCUCAAUUUGUGACCCAUGAAUUGAGACAAUUCCAUCGAAUAGAUUUGGGGAGUGGGGGGGGGGUGGGUGCUGGAGUGUGUGGUGGUGGGGCCAAAUGAAUCAUCACGUGCCUGGUUAUUAUGGCGGUGGAGCGUUUCGGUACCAGUGUGUUCCGCACGAGCGGCCAAUCGGGGCCAAGCUCGUCGCGAGCCCCCAUGUCUUCAUUCAUCCCCCCCCCACCACCACCGUCCGUCCUCCAUGCAUUUCAAUUAUAACAGUCGUCACAAUUCAACUCGCAAAUCGCUUUUAUUUUGCCUUCACCGGUGCACACGGAAACGUCGAGGGUUGUUCUUUCCCCCCCCCGCAAAUGGGUCACAUGCGUAAUCGUCGUGAGUUGUGGUCGAUCCACGACCAGGUGAAGGCCGCCCCAAGUCUGCACGCGCUAUAUCUCGCGGUCCGGCUGCGCAACAAAUCUUCUCGCUCUCACGAGCCGGCUCCGUUGUUGGCCGCUAACCAAUCUCCCAAUUCAUAGGCACUCGCUCGCUCGCUCACUCGCGCGCGAGUGUGUUACGUUCAUCGUUGAAUCUUUACGUUUCCUAUGAGGACCGGGCCGUCCACAGCCGUUGCACGAAGUUCACGGGAACCAACGCAGCCGCUCACAGAUUCUAUGUGCACCGCUAGGGCAACAAAAACAAAUCUAAUAUAAUCGUGAACCCCCGAAGCAUCGUGGGAUUGAUGAAUCGUGCGUUUCCGCCUGCUGCAAGACAUCGGGGCUCCUGUGUUGAUAAGAUUUCUUUAUUUUUACAGCCAAAUAUUUUUUCACGCUGUGUGUAAAAUGGUAACGCUUUUACCGUUUUAUGGACGGCGAGGCUGUAAAGUAAUCGAGUGAAAGCAUUUUAUUUUUUAAAGUAUAUACACAUUAUAUGUAAAUGUAAUAUAUACAUUGUGUGCGCUUGUGUGUGAACGGUAAUUGUGGAUGGCAGGGAGCAAAUCCAUUCAGUCCCCCGCUAGCCGUGUAGGAAUAAGCUAAGCCUCGAGUGGCAGGCAGGGACAACCCAGGGUUUCCUGGAGGCCAGGGGGGGCAGAGUGCCAAUUGGGGGGCGGGGAGAGGGGGUGUAGCUCCCCUUAUUAAUUUGUGACUAAAAAGAUACAAAGAUUGAUGUGAGGGGAGGGGCUCUUGUUUGAGGUCUUGGAGGAAAAAUUGUCCCCGUUUGCCACGCGGUGGGGGGGGUGGGGGAUGUGACGGCGCAUCGAUCGGUACCGGUCUUUUUUUAUGCUCGCGAUUUUCACGCGGCGUGGAAUCGCGUGCGCAAGAAAACAACGGUCUGCCGGUGUCGUACGUUGCGUACCAUCGCUUCACGUGAUCUCCACCGGCCACCCCCUGGAGGCCGCUGCAUUCGCCGAAACAAAUUUAAAAUAUUUAUAAUAUACACACAAAAGAGUUGAUUCUUGAGUCGAAUCGUGACCCCGAAUUGCAACAAUUCACGCGUGAGUUUUCGCGGGAGUACUGAAUCGAUACACCCCUAGGGUAGUUAUCGUAUCGGCAAUUAGCUGAUUGUGGCUUUGGUUCAGUUUCGUGAACGCAGCACAACGUCGCAUAUCCGACUCGCACGGGGGGGGGGACCAGGGUAUAGGCCGGUAUGUGAACCGGCAAAUUACGGAAACAGCCACAGAAAUGUAUCGUUAAAGACCGCGCGCUGACAUCGCACCGUUGCGUGCGGCGCCGGCGGUGGCGGCGACGCAGCGCUACGAACCUGGCGAGACCCGGGUUCGAUUCCCGCUUGCGGCCAAUGCCGGUCACGAAUGUCCGAAACCGGUCCUGGGUCCCUCCCUGAGGUCGACUCGGUCUCAAAUGAGUACCUGGUGCGGCACAGGCGGCCGGGCGUGCGGUGCUGGCCACCUCACGCCCUCGUGUGCCGUGGUAACCUUCACGGGUGCUCGCCAACCGGACUUUCCCCAAUAGUCUGUUGAAGCUAUACGGUGGGUCUUUAGUUUAAAUGACUGGUCAGGGCAGAUGUGCAACAUUGUACUGUAUACCCCGCGCGUUUGCUCUCGAAAAGAAACGCAAAGGGAGAAAGCAAUGUGCUGCGUGGGCCACAGGCGAGAGAUUUUAAUUCGGUUGAUUAGCUUGAUUUUUUGUAUUAAGUCCUCAGGAGGUUUUUGUUUUUCGUCGGCAUGUGUCGUGUUUUCCCAAGUAUUUUAUUUUAUCACGCACACUCUCGGACGACCGGUUCGUGUGCGCACGCGUGGGACAUGUGGCACCUUCGGCCAUUGUGAUUUCUCCAUUUGGCGGAGCGUUAAAAAAGCAAAGAAAAAAGAGGUUGCAUUUUAAUCUGUAUGCGUGUUUUUUGGUUUGUAAGCCCCGAACUUUAAUGGCGAAUGAUAAAUAAUAUAAUGAUAAUAACCUUUGCAAUAAGAUGCCCAUGAUCCUGAAGGCCGGCGUCGCUCGAAAGCCACGCGAAGGAUGGGCGGACGGGGGCCUUCCCCGGCGUCUUGUCCCUGCGGGAGACUCGUGAGCGCUGCUACCGCAGCCGGUGCGGAGGGGGACGAUGGCGUUCCGGACGGUGGGGGCAAAACGAGCCGGUCGGUUUUCCUCCGGACUCUUCCCAGGUGUUCGCCGCAGAGCUCGCGUGAUGAUGAUCGCCGCCGCUCGGGUUAAAUGGUCUGGCGCAGGGGUCGGCAACCAAAGACGGAGUCCUUUUUUUUUCUUUUUUCCCCAAUUCGGUAACAAAAAAUUCACAAGCCGCGAUGCGUGCGAUACGAGUCUGUGGUCUUUAAAGAGCCGCAUGCAGCUCCGGAGGCCGAGGGUUUGCCGACCCCCACCCCCGGUCCGGUGCACCCGGUACCCGGUCUGGUGCACCCGGUACCCGGUCUGGUGCACCCGGUACCCGGUCUGGCUGUCGCCGUGACCGAAUGGCACGACGGCUGCGUCCUCGCGUCGUGCUUGGCCUCGCGUCGGCUCGCCGCGGAGGUGCGUGGUUCGGAUCCGUGAGGGUCCCCAACCCACCCACCCCCCCACCCCCCCUCACUCCCCCGGCCCUGUUACAACUGCGGGUGUUGAAUACACGGCGCCAUUUGCUUCACUAGUGGACGGUGAAAGGUGUCGUGGCGUCAUUUGAAAAGAGUAGGCCGUGGUGUGCCGGCGUCACGGUUCCAAAUUUGAAAAUGUACCUGCGCAACGCUCGGAUGGGACCACGCGCAACAGCUCCGCCCCCGACUGCUGAAACUAACGCCUUGCGCUGCAUAACUACGGCACGGAUACAGAAUGAUCGAGACCCACCCCGGUCCCCGCCGUUAACACGUCGUCGGGAGCGGGCGAAAUUUCUCCCGUUCCAUCCCCCCCCCCCCAAAGAUGGCUGCGGUAGCGCAUUGGUGAAAACAUUUUGAGAGCGGGGACCGCUUGACGGGGGAGGAGGGAGAGGUGCGUGGCUUCAAGCCGCCGGAACGACGCGAAGUCGGCUGUGAAAACCGACGUGUACUGCUGCUGCUGCUGCUUCUACCGCGGACCGAAUUACCAAAGUACAAACCGAGGACUGCUUGACACGUGGGGCUUGUGUUGCUAUAACAGGGUUAGAUCCUACACCUGUCCAGUUCGUGGCAGACGGUGGCCACGUUGGUGGAAUGUGGCGUGCAAUCGGCAAGGUCGUAGCCAAGCCUGCAAGAGAGGGUCUGUCCCAACAUUCCAAUGUUGGGCCCUUCUGGAACAUAUUUUGAGUCUUUCCUGGAUAAGCAAGCAAAGGUCAUUAUUAUUAUUUAUGUCGAGCCAAAUUGUCUUGCAGCUCAAGUCGGCAAAAUGCGGCAGCGCUCACACCUCCGUUGUCGAGCCAAUGGUGGAAAUUCCAUAUUCCCGUGGUGGGGACCAGUUUUUCCAUACGAUGACCGCUUUAAACCUCCCUGCAAAGUAGCCGUGUGUAUUUCAUUGACGUCGGAGAGACAUUGUGCCGAGUUCAGAUCUUACCCGGGUUCAAACUCGAGGGUCGAGGGCUGGAACCACUGCGUUCCCCCCCCCCGUCUCCCCCAAACAUCGGUCAUUAAUCUGUAAACUAUAUAUUUUUUUAUUUUACCAGGCAAGGCCCACUGAGCUAGAUCACUAUUUUUUGAGAAGCGACCUGGCCACGUGUUAGCGCAACAAAGUUGCUUAUCAUAGUGUGGAAAUGUAUAGCAUCCAAAUAACUCUUAAACGCGUGAUGUUGAUUCUAAAUACGGAGAGAAAAAGCUGGAGAGCCUCGAGAAAAAUCCACGCGACCACGGGGAGAGAGAUAGACAUGCAAACUCCAAAUAUACAGCAGGGGUUGGGGUCGGGCAUGCUAAACCGCCUUUCAAACAACUUGCGGACCGGUCCCCUUGGCCUCACCGCAUUCCUCUACAACAGUGGUGUUUAUAACCUUUACCGCAACCUUGCACCCCUAAAAACAAAAAUCUGCCCACGUCUCGCGCCCCCCAGUAAGGGUAUCUCGCACCCUCCAGGGGCUGCGUGCACGCACCUCCAGAUGAAGAACGCCCAGGGGCUGCGUGCACGCACCCCCAGGUGAAGAACCCCCAGGGGCUGCGUGCACGCACCCCCAGGUGAAGAACCCCCAGGGGCUGCGUGCACGCACCCCCAGGUGAAGAACCCCCAGGGGCUGCGUGCACGCACCCCCAGGUGAAGAACCCCCAGGGGCUGCGUUCACGCACCCCCAGGUGAAGUUACCCCAGGGGCUGCGUGCACGCACCUCCAGGUGAAGAACGCCCAGGGGCUGCGUGCACGCACCCCCAGGUGAAGAACCCCCAGGGGCUGCGUGCACGCACCCCCAGGUGAAGUUACCCCAGGGGCUGCGUGCACGCACCCCCAGGUGAAGAACCCCCAGGGGCUGCGUGCACGCACCCCCAGGUGAAGAACCCCACCGCUCUAGAACAUCGGCCGUGCUCGUGGCCGCCCAGGUAAGUGCGGCCACGGCUCCAACGACGCCGCUUAAGCCCCCCCCCCAGGCAGGUGCUGCCCCUAAAAUUGUCUUGACGAGUUGGCAGCGUCACUGGGGCCGCAGGCAGAAAUAGUCGCUGGGCUCAGAGUUGUCCAGCCGCCGUGACGCCGUACGGCGAGUUUUUAUCGCCGCUCGCGACGCUUCGGUCAGCAUUUCUUUUUCUCUUUUCAAUCAACACCGUUGCCGAGCGCAGCCCCCAGCACGUCACGGCGGCCAGCAACGCACUGCACGGGGCAUGUCACAAGGACAAUUCUUGCCGCGCGGUGCGAAAGAGGGCUGUGCUGCGUGAUUGUCGUCUUCCCCGGGGGGUUUGUGGUAGUGGUGGUGGUGGAGGGAUGGGCGCAAUUGCAACAAGGUCGUUGUGCAAUGAUUCGCUGCUCGAAUUCCAAGCGUGAACGUUUUGUUCGGACGGGAACGUGACCGUGAAGUGUUCACGAUUUGGAAGCUGCUCACCUGACCAGCCCUCUUGUCAGUCCGCUGCUGGAUGAGGGCCUUCCCCUGUGGCGUGUCGGUCAUGGGUGUUUGUUUGACCAUACUUCACCACGCUCUUCAGUGAUUGUUCGCGAAGCGGGAGAUGGGGUGGGGCGGGGUUGGUGAGGGUACCAGAACCAGUGCAGACAUCGCUCGCCACUGAUGUUAGCCGUGACGAGGAAUCGAAUCCGGGUCAUCGGGUUCAUAUCAUAGCUCGGUUCACUAACCACAGUGCCACCGCUCCCCCACCGCCCCUAUUAGAAUAGAAUCGAUUCGACACGUGAACACCUUGGCGGGGUUAUAAAGGGAGGAGUGGACGGUGGUACUGCCAGUGUCGUAGCGUUCUCGGCAGGCCACCGGUCAGCCCAUCCCGGAAGUUUUUUUUUUUCCAGUAACUCGCACGGAUUAAAUUUGUAUCCAUACUUUUAUUCGGGUGACCAGGGUGGCUCAGACGUUGAUCGCUUGGGUUCGAAUCUGGGUUUCAGCCACACCCCCCCCCCCCGUGAUUAGACCGGGUUCUCAAGUGUAGUACCGGAGUGAGUGACUGCACACAAACAACAACAUUCAAAUUCGUUUUGGACUUAAUAUGGCGAAAUCCCAGCUCUUGAGAAUUAAAGUAAAUACAGGGACUCCUCUACUUACAAACAAGUUAGGUUCCAGAUGUCUGUUCGUAAGUCCAACUUUACGCCUGUCAAUUGCAAACAUGUACGGCAUGUACACUAAACACGGGGAAUGGCUUUAAAAGUUGUAUAAUUUUCUGUAGAUGCCACUGGUUCUUCAUGUUCUGCAGAUGUAAAAGCCACUGGUGUUUUCAUAUUCUGCAUAUGUAUACGCCACUGGUGCUUCAUGUGGCAUCUACAUGAACGUCCGUAAGUCGGCUUGUUCGUAAGUAGAGGAGUGCCCUGCAUAUGUUUUGACUGUCAAUACGACGGCGAGUUCUGCUGUAACAGGAUGCGGGCCAAGCGCUGCCGCCAUAGCGUGGAUAAAGAGGGCCACUUAAAGCGGAUCGAAGAAGCGGUUUUGCGAUCCGCUGCUUCCGCGGGACAACUUUGGCAAACGCCUGGUUCGUUUGUUGCCUCGCUCCGUCUCCCAUUGGCAGCUGUUGUUGCCGGGCCAAUUGCAGUGAAGUGCAUUGCCCACCUGGGGCAACGUCCGGUUGCUUUGGUUGUAAGGACUGAAAAUGUUUUAAGAACUAAACCCCCCCCCCCCCCCCCCCCAAAUAGUACACGAGUGGCGUGAGCGUGUGAACGGCGGCGAGUUUAAAAACAUAACCAACCGAUUCCACGGGUUGUGUGAAAAAUAAGAAUGUAUCUUGAUUUGACGCUUCCGUGACUGCAGGAAUCCGUACUCUUUGGGUAAAGUCAUCACGUGGUUCGAAAUGAAAUCACAAUCAGGACGUUUCGAUCGCAGCGAUGACGACCGCUUGCGUUGCAAUCUAAACGUCGUGAUUUGUUUUAUUUCUGACUACGUGACUUUACCGAAAGAACCAAAGAGUAUAAGGAUAUAUAUGUUAAUCUUUCUGCCAAUGAAACAGAUGUUGUGUUAGGAUGUUCGAACACCAAAUUGAUACCUUUUGCAAGGUAUCAAGUCUGCAUUGACCACACACGGUACUUUGUGAACGUGCAAACACACAUGCUCUGUUAAUAAUAAUAAUAUCCGCAUUGUCUUUGAAACUGAUUGGUCUACACCAGAGACAGCUUCUUUAUGGCCUCGUCCCACCAGUGUCAGGCCACAGACGAACGCCAAAAGGCGAACAGUACAAAGACAAUGCACGUGUCAGAGCAUUCACAGCUCGGGGUGAGCGCUUAUACCAUGGGAUAUCUUUUUUUGCCAGUAUCAAAGUAUGAAAAAUAAGAGUCGGUUUUUUCCCCUUUCUGGUAAUAAAACAGGAAGCGUUUAAACACCA